CUAGCCUUCGAAUUUAUUAAGAAGAAUCCACUGCUGAACAUAUAUGCAUGUCAAAUUGUAAUCAACGCGCAUACAUAUACGGAGUAUAUAUUUAUAUAUAGGACAAGACAAAGCAUCGAGCUUUCAACUCAAUUUCAAAAUUUGGGUCUGGGGGGAAGGAAGAGUGGGUGCAAUGUCAGUCAAUCGGAGAAGGAGCAAAGGAGGAGAGAAUCGGUUUUAUUGUCCGCCAGCAUUGAGGCGGCAGCAGCAGCAAAUGCAGGCUCACAAUUCGAAAUCCGAUCAGAGAACUGGAGAGUCUGAAGAUGCAGCAUCCACUACAUCAACUACGGCCACGCCUACCUCAACCCCAUCGUUUUCCACGAAUUUGGAUCGGUUUUUAGAGUAUACAACCCCUAAAGUACCUGCUCAGACGCACACGAGAUGUUGGAGAUAUCAGGACAGUGAUUUCGGCCCCUACUUCAUUUUGGAUGAUCUUUGGGAAUCUUUUAAGGAGUGGAGUGCGUAUGGAGCAGGAGUUCCUCUUGUUUUGAACGAGAGUGAUUCUGUAGUCCAAUAUUAUGUCCCAUACUUGUCUGGGAUGCAACUGUAUGUAGGCAAAUCCAGGUCUGUUGUGGGUUUACGGAAACCAAGUGAGGGAAGUGAUGUCGAUGCUUAUAGGGAGACAACUAGUGAAUAUGUGGGAAAGCAGAAUCAACAGAAUACUAUUGCAACUGGAAAUGGAUUUAAAAGACUGUCGUUAACAAAUGAUGCAUCCUUGAAUGAGACAAGUAAUCCACCUGGUCUGCUUACAUUUCAGUUCUUGGAACAAAAUCCUCCACAGAAUCGUCAACCAUUGACUGAAAAGAUCAUAAAUCUUGCAUCUCAAUUUCCUGAGCUGAGGACAUAUAGGAGUUGUGACCUGACACCUGCAAGUUGGAUUUCUGUUGCUUGGUACCCAAUAUACCGGAUACCCAUAGGCCCAACACUGCAGAACCUUGAUGCUUGCUUCUUGACAUUUCAUUAUCUUUCAUCUCCACUUAAAAGUACCAUCAUGGGGAUGCGUGAUAGUCAACAUCAUGGCAGCAUGCCCAUCAAGCUCUCACUUCCAAGUUUUGGGCUCGCAUUUUACAAGUUGAAAGUUUCUGUCUGGGCUCCGAUUGACGAAGAUGAAUCUCAAAAGGUCAGCUCUCUCUUACGAGCUGCUGACAAUUGGCUCCGAUGGUUGCAAGUCGACCACCCAGAUUACAGGUUCUUUCUUUCACGCAGUGCAUACUUUAGGUGAACCUUCCGACAUAAAUCAACACGACUGAAGUGAACUACUCCAUUAUAUCCGGCCUGCCUGCUCAUUGACUGAAGCCCUAUACUACUACUCUAAUUUAUGUGAGAUUGCCAUAAUAGCUCGUGCUUUCUAGUUUCUAUGGCCCAAAUAACCAAUGCGGUAUUUUUGCAAUAGUAUGCAGGGGUUAUAUAAGUUGUCCACCAUAAAAAAGUAUGUUCCAUACUGAUUGCCACAUCGGCUUUCUGUGUUUGUAACUCAACAUAGUCAACUAUCAACUAAUAGGGGCCGAUUCACACAUCUUAUAAUUUAUAAUGAUGGAGAUCCUGACCGUAUUUGUAAAAAUUAGUUUGACUUGAUUCCAAUGCUUACUUUAGAUGCCAUUAAAAGUUGUUGCAUUGCCCUGUACGGGAUUCUGAAGUUGCAUUGGCCCUAUACGGGAUUCAUGCUAUUUUUUUAGUGGCGUGUGAAGAUUUUAUCCUCAAUAGAUGUCUUUAUCAUCACAUACAGAAUUCUCUUUCUGUCUUCAAUUUUACGAAAUAUUCCAAUAUAUGGCAAUUGUGGAA